GCCGCCAUGGUUGGACUACCGUUGAAUCUUGUUUAUCUUUUCGUCUUGGCGAGAUGGUGUCAACGAUGAGAGCGUGUGAAGUUGGGGCCAGCCUCGAUCACGCAUCAUGCGUGGAGCUCGUAAAUUCUUGCAGCAACCUCUCCAUGGUACGCUUUGCCCACUCCAAAGUCCGCCACCUCCUUGGCAGCCACAUUUACCUCUCAAACAGGCUCCUCGAAAUGUAUGGAAAAUGCGGCAGUGUUCACGAAGCCCGCCACGUUUUCAACACCAUUUCCACAGGGAAUAUCUACACUUGGUCUCUCAUGCUAUCAGCAUAUGCCCGAAACGGGCAUAUUGAGGACGCCAAACAGAUAUUCGAUGCCAUGCCGCAGAGGGAUCUCGUGGCGUGGACUACGCUCCUUGUGGCAUAUACCCAAAGAGGGUAUUUGCAAGACGCCGAGAAGGUGUUUGAUUCUAUGCCCGAGCUGGACCUCGUUACGUGGAAUGCCAUGCUGACGGGGAAUGCCCACAAUGGGCACUUGCAAGGCGCCGUGCUGGUAUUUCAAAGCAUGCGCGAGAAGAACCUUGUGUCGUACAAUGCUAUGCUGGCGGCGUACGGACAGAACGGGAAUCUCUGUCAGGCAAGGAGGAUAUUUGAAGAGAUGCCAAACCGCGACCUUGUUUCAUGGAACACAAUGCUAGCGGCAUGCGCUCAAAGCGGGGAUUUGGAAUCUGCGAAGAUAGUAUUUGACUCUAUGAAGGAAAGAAAUCUAGUUUCCUGGACAACAAUUCUUGCGGCAUAUGCCCAAAAUGGGCAUCUGCAAGAUGCCAUGAAACUCUUUGAUCGUAUGAAGGAGCACGAUCUCAUCGCCUCCAACGCAAUGCUCUCUGGGUUUGCACUUAACGGCCAGCUCCAACAGGCUAGAGGAAUAUUUAAUCAGAUGGGCGAGCGCAACGUUGUGUCCUGGAAUGCCAUGCUGACUGCGUGUGUGCGAAAUGGUGACAUGGGAGAGGCAAAGCGGAUAUUUGAUCGAAUGGAGGUACGAACGCUAGUGUCGUGGAAUGCCAUGCUGGCUGCAUAUGUUCAGGCAGGACAGUUACCCAAAGCCAAAGAGCUCUUUCAGCAAAUGCCCGACAGGGAUCUCAUCUCGUGGAACGCCAUUCUCUCCAUGCACGCGUGGAAUGGUGACGUCGAAAGAGCAAGGGAGGUGUACGAAAGCCUCCACGAGAAGGACAUUGUCUCGUGUACGGCGAUGCUCAGUGUGUAUGCCCAGAACGGGCAUCUGGAGGAAUCUAAGCAGAUAUUUGACGGGAUACCCGAGUGGGACUUGGUAUCAUGGAAUGCGAUGCUGUCCUCGUAUUCCCAAAACGGAUAUCUUCAAGAUGCAAAGUUCAUGUUUGACGAAAUUCCUCAAAAGGAUCUCGUUUCCUGCAAUGCUUUGUUAGCGGCAUAUGCCCAAAAUGGGCAUCUUCUGGAAGCUAGGCGUGUAUUUAGCUGGAUGAUCGAAAGAGACAUUGUUUCGUGGAACACUUUGCUUGCUGGAUAUGCCCAGAACGGACAUUCUUCCGAGGCACUGGAUUUGUUUGCCUCGAUGAAAAUGAGCGAGAUUCCUGAUGAGAUUGCUUUCACUUGCGCCUUGGUUGCCGCUAGUCAUGCUGGAGUGGUCUAUCCGGGUUGGUCUCUCUUUAUCGCUAUGAGAAUGGACUAUGGAUUGAUACCAAGCAAGCAGCACUACUGCUGCUUGAUUGAUCUCCUCUCGAGGGCGAGGUAUCUGGACGAGGCCGAAGAUCUUAUCACUCGCAUGCCUUUUGUUCCAGACGUUUACGACUGGACGUGCAUUCUGGCCUCUUGUAUCGAUCGGAAAGACGCUGAAAGGGGCGCUCGUGUGAGUGAAAGAGUUCUAAGUCUGGAUCCCCAAAAUGCCGCAGCGUUUGUUUUGCUGGCAAACUCUUUCUCGUUUGAUGAGACAAAACACCACUUGCAGAAUGCACUUAGGAGGUGGAAGCUUUCUCCUCGAAAGUUCUAAUUUCUUAUUCACAGCACACGAAAGUUUUUUGGGCUGUGGAGGGGCCAUUAGCCAGCAACAAGUUACAAUGGCGGACAGGCAGGAUGCUUUGGUGGCGGAAUGGGAAUGAUUCCACUAAAACACUCCACCAAGAAAAAUUGUCCAAAGUCACAGGAUGCAUUUGAGCUUGACUUUUUUUUGCGUCAUGACAAGCUUGAUCAUCUCUUGUGAGAUUUGGAAGUUGUGAGAUUUGGUUCUUUAGAGGGUGAAAUGUUUGAACUUGUGUGCCACCGCCGACUUUCAUUCAAACAAACCACAUGAAAUGGAUACGACUUAUUCCAUCACAAAACAAAAAGCUUGUCAAAAUACACCGGCUCGAGUUGUGUUUCACCACCGUGGCACCCGUGCUCGAUACGGCGAGGUUCCAUCUAUAAAUGCAAACGUUUCAAACGUUUCAAA